AUGACUUCUAUCAACCCUCCUGCAGUUUUGGGAGCUUUGAAUAAGAAUGAUUCUGCUCCGGUGUCGAAAUCUCUACUCCAAGAACCUCUGGAAUACAGUGGAACUCUCGAUCAGUACAACGCGUUUGAUGUAACGCCAGUCAUUGGCCGAGAGUUUCCCUCCGUCCAAUUGAGUGACCUCCUGAAGGAUGAAGCCAAGAUUCGAGACCUUGGAAUAACAGUUGCCCAACGAGGCGUCGUCUUUUUUCGCAACCAAGAUCUCUCAGUUGAGGACCAAAAGAUUCUGGGACAGAAGCUUGGGCUUCUGACAGGCAAACCCGAGACUUCCGGGUUGCAUCGUCAUGCUGUCAACAACAGCAAGCGGGGCGUGGCGGUUGACAAGGAGGGCAAUCGUGACGACGAGAUUUCUGUCAUCUCAUCCGAGCAAAACAAGAAGUUUUAUAAUGGAAUCUUCACCGUCAAUUCCAAGAAGAUUGCAAGCCACGGGUGGCAUGCCGACAUAUCCUUUGAGCCAGUCCCGUCCGAUUACACGAUUUUGAAGAUACACACCUUGCCCCAUGAUGCUGGUGGUGAUACAUUAUGGGCAUCAGGUUAUGAGGCAUAUGAUCGUCUCUCCCCUGCUUGGCAGAAGUUUGCAGAGAGCCUCACUGCUACCCAUGCUCAGCCAUACUUUGGGAAAUUGGUAGAAAAGCAUGGGCUUGAACUCAUCGAAGAGAAUCGCGGGGCACCAGACAACUCUGGGGUGGACUUCAAAGCGUCACACCCCGUUGUGCGAACUAAUCCAGUGACUGGGUGGAAGAGUCUUUUUGCUAGCGGAUCUCAGAUUCGGGACGGCGGGUUUGACAACGUCACAGAACGGGAAAAUGAGAUACUCAAGGCGUAUUUUCUUGAGUUGGUUUCCCAAAACCAUGAUCUACAGGUUCGGUUCAAGUGGAGACUCAACGACGUUGCGAUCUGGGAUAAUCGGUCCGCCUUCCAUACCGCUACAUACGACUACCAUGGAAAACGUCAAGGUAAUAGGGUCGUGUCUGUAGGCUCCAAGCCGUACCUUGACCCUAAUUCAACCUCGCGACAGGAGGCUAUCCACAGGCUUGAGAGGGAUAAUAGCAAGAAUAAGACUUAA